AGCUCGAGUUCGAAGUCAGUUCCAAGUGCGCUGUUCCUGCCCGUGUGUCGUGGUCGCGGUCAUUAUCGGUCCAUACGGUACCGUACCCCUCGGGUGUCCACCUCUACGGAUAGUGCGUCGGAAUUCCGUCGUCGGGCGAUUGCGUGACGUUGGGUUUUGAGUGGUGAAAUUCCCGUAAACGGUUCCGGAGUUUGUGGAUUGAUCGAGACUGAAUUGCGCUGGUGGUGUUGGUGGCUCUUAUCAGUGCGCUCCGAAGGGGAACCAUCUUGGGACAUUCUUGCCUCGCUGGAGGAUUGGUUGAAGUAAUCGUUUGCGCGGCUCGGAAUCGCAAGUCGGUCCCAGAGCUCAAAGUCGAAAAAGGGCCCGCUGGUGGCCAAGCAAGAGAAACAACGAAUCAAUGUCCAAGUGUGUGAGUGAGAAGCAAUUCUGAGGUUAUUUUGAAGCUCGUCCUCGGAACAGAGACGCGAGGAGAAGCGCAAGGGGAAAGAAGAUUGUGUGGCCAAUCUGGCAAGAGCAGUGAUAUAACGUCAUCAGUUUGCGCGGCCAUCAUCGGUCGUACGGGCCCUUGGGGGAAAGCAACUCGGAGCAGCUCCAGCUUUGACAACAAACUUUCAAGGUUACGCUGCACGUCGCGAGUGGCCAGGAAUCGGCUAUAAAUAGCUGCGGAACCUGUCCUCGUCCCCCGUCCGCGCCGCCCUGUCCGAGCUUGGAAAGUGAGAGAAAUUUGUCACAAGCUGCUCGCUCGCCGUGCUUGAAAGGAAAAUUUUACGCGAAAACAACUUUUACUCGUCGGUGUGCGGAAGAAAAGGUUUUGGAAAUAGUCUUCGAAGACUCCGGAGACAUGGCCAGAAGGUCCUCCUUUGGAUACAUCACCUUUAUCCUGACCUGUAUGUGCAGUCGUUAAGCGCGAGGACCCACGAAAUCACGCAAUUUUGUGCUGCUGCUUUGUUGUUUUUCUGUCGGUUCUCUCGUUUACUAGCAUACUAGCAAGCCCGUUGCUGUUGUGUCCACGAUUUUAUCGUGUCUCGCGUUUUGUUAUCGUAGAAUUGAGGCAUCGCGCGGGCCAGGUUUGGUCAUCGAAAGGGGCAAAGUGCGAAAGGAAAAUAUUGGAAAUUCCGGAAAGUACCUGUGACGACGACGUGUGGUGGUGUCUCUGCGCGCUAAGCCUGGUGGAUGAGCCCGCUACGAAUCAGUGUGUGCAUCCUUCGCACCGCAGCAGCGCCCGUGAUAUGGAUCAGUUGUGAUAUCUUCUAGCUCAUAGUGUGAAAUAAUUCCUUGCUGUUGCUCCUGCUCGCAGUCUAUAUUGAUCAACAGUGACUUGCGAGUUUGGUUUCGCGUGUGUGUCUGAUUGUGUGCUCUUCUUUCUCUGGUGGUGUGUGAUAGCGUGGUUCUCUGAAUGAACCUGUAGAUCAGCAAGUGUACAAAGUAACAAAGGUAGCAAAAGUGUGUGUUUUGUGUGCGUACGCGCUCUGUCCAGGCAAUGACACCGGGACGUACGACCAGGAUGGAGCGAAGUGGUGCCACUGGAUAUGGGAUGGCCGGCGCCGGUGGAAGUGGCCUCGGUGGAAGAAGCUUGAGUGAGGAUCGGAGGCGGUUCACCGGCGAAACGAUCCACUCGGGUCAGUUUAUGGUGUCGCACUUUGAGGCGGAAGGGCCCGAGGACGAGGACGACGACGAUCUGGGCAUGCAGGUCGUGGUCGAGGACGUCAAGCCGGCCAUCGUCGACACGGUCAUCUCGAACAUCAUUUCCAAGCGACUCGUGGACUCACAGAUGGACUCGCCGUCGACUUCGGCGUCGUCGUCGUCGUCGCUGGCCACGGCCAUGAUGCCGACGAGCAUGAAUGCGAUCGUUCCGCUGCGGCCGCAGAGUGCCACGAGGGGAGGGAAUAUGCCGAGCGCCGAACUGAUCCGGUACGCCCAGAAGCCACUGCAGCUGACCAGCCGGUACAACUCGUCCCAGGUGGAAAUCGAUACGGACCUGUCGAAGGUGUUCAACACGCUCAACGUCACCUACACACAAAAGCUGACAUCGCCCAAAUGGAACCCGUUCAAGGGCAUCCGGCUGCGGUGGAAGGAGAAAAUCCGGCUCAACAACGUCAUCUGGAGAUGCUGGCACAUGCAAUUUAUCAUGAAACGAAGAACUCUAGUCUGUCAGUUCGCAUCUCCACUAGACGUAGACGUACACAAUACGCCUCAGGCAAUUUUACUCGAAGGAAAGUACUGGAAACGCAAGUGCAACGUUAUUAAGGCAGAGUACAAAAAAUGGCGCCGAUUCUACGUGAACCGAGCGUUGGGAGCAACUAAUAUUGUAGAUACAACUAGUGAGUUAGAUUUUUUAGAGUGGUCACCGAGUGGCAAUGAGUUUAUGAUUACCGAUAAUAUGUCCGCCGACACCCUGCUGUCCACGUUGGCGCAAUAUCCGUUUCCCGAUUCGAGAGAAAUUGCGCGCGGUGCCGGUCGUGCCGACUUUAUCCAACCGAGCUUGGGCCCACUGCAACCCAACUUUGACGAUUUGAUGGACCUGGACCUGGAUUUUCUCAACUUUCCCAGGCUACCACCGGUCCCGGAAGAGGGCUCGGAAGAUAUUCUGAAGGCGAUUGAGUACAACUAUCCUUCAGGAUCCAAUCAGAUGAACAGUAGCGGUAGCAUCCAGGAGAUUACCGACGCACCGGGUGCGUUGUCCCAGCAGCAGCAACUCCCUUCCAAUCGACCCAGUGGCGGUUCCAAUUCUGUGAUUACGGGCCCGUUGACGGCCAUGAGUAUAGGUCAGCAGCAGCAACAGCAAGCUCCCGCUACGAUCCACUAUUCGGCCAAGGUUUUCUCUCAAAAUUUGAACCCUGGUGGGGCCGCCAACGCGGCCAGUUCCGUUCAGCAACAGCAGCUGAACAACGUACUUGGGUCGUAUCUGGCCAAUCAGUUAGUGGCGGCAAACGUACCUGCAAACACCAACCCCAGUGAGCAGACCCAGCAGAUUGGGUUGCUGUCCGGGGCGGACGAGCUUGGCAAAGAGUCCAAGCCUAAGUUCUCCCGGUCGUUUCCGAAGAUUUUGGGACGAGAACCCCACAACUACGACAAGUGUGCUCCGACGACGCAUCAGACGAUGGCUUACGCCAUGGUUUCGCAGCCUAAUUUGAGCCAAAACGUGCUUCACAAUCCGUACGGUUAUCAGCUCCCCCAGGGAGGAAUUAUUCAAAUGUCUGGGACGCCAGCCACUCAGAACCUGUUGAACUAUAACUUGCUUCAGCAGUCCCAGCCUUCCGGGCCGAAUCCCAUGAAUCUUUCCAACACCGGCAUGGUCGGAGCAAGCAAUCUGCAGGCCAUGAACGCGAAGCUUCUAACGCACAGUCAGUCGUUGCCGGUGCAGCAGAACCAACAGCCCAACCUACAAAAGCCCCAACCACGCUCAAACUCAAUGCCGGUGGCCCAAAACUACCCACCAAUUUCCCCGCCCGGUGGCAUGCAUGAACCGUACAAGGGAUCGCUACAUCCGACGCAGACUUCGAGCUACAAGUCGUACCACAACCACCAACCGCAGCCGUACAAAAUUCCCUCUCAAACGAUGGGCGGCUACGGCGGAGGCAGCCGGAGUAUGCGACACGCUUCGCCUCCCCACGGCCAUCAAGUGCAGGCGGCGGCCAUCCAACAGCAGCAACAACAACAACCCCAACAACCCUGCCUGGAACAGUCCCAGCAGCAGCUUCAAGAUCUCCAACUGCAACAGCAGCACCAACAACAACAACAACAGCAAACUUCCCCCCAGCAAAAGCGGCUUCCUCCCCAUCCCACGAAGGAAAUGUUCCGCUCCAACAGUUUGCCAAUCAACGCGACGUUCCCCUUACCCCCGAAAAACGAGGAGAACUUUGCCGUUCCCCGGCUGCAGUCGUCCAAGGCGCCUCAUCCCGCAAAACUGCGCGGCCGCAGCAACUCGAUGAUCCUCAAGCAGCAGCAGCAACAACAACAACAGCAGGGUCAAAUAGGCAUCUCGGGGACGAAUCUGCUGCCGGCGUUGCACAGCACCACCAGCGAACCGGUGCUCAACGUGGGAACCAGCGCCCUGCUGGCCCAACUGCUCACCACAACCAGUGCAAGCACCUUGCUCAACAUGAAGCAGCACAGCUCUUCGUCCAGUGCCAUCGGCAGCUUAUCGCCGCAGCAAUCCCACAUUGCUCAACAGCAGCAGCAGAAGCAGCAGUCUCAAAUGUGCCAACAGGUUUCCCUGGGCAGCCCAAUCUCGCCGGCCUCGUCCCAGCUGCAACUGAACCAGAGCAGCUCCCACCAGCAUCAGCAGCAGCACAGCUCGGUACUGACGUUUGCCGCCUCAACGUCCUCGGCCGGGUCAUCUGGGGGACUGUCGACGGAGUCGAUGGCGCUCGAUCUGGACUCGCCGAUGCUCGGACUGGAGGGUAACAACAGCAACAGUAGUAGUGGAAGUGGCGUGGGUAACAAGUUCCACCAGCAGCAGGCGCGCAGUGAAAGCCAGCGGCGGUCGGGGCACAUUCAUGCCGAGCAGAAGCGGCGGUACAACAUUAAGAACGGGUUCGAUAUGCUGCACUCGCUGAUUCCGCAGCUGCAGCAGAAUCCGAACGCGAAGCUGAGCAAAGCGGCCAUGCUGCAGAAGGGCGCCGAGUACAUUAAGCAGCUCCGCGUGGAACGGUCCGCCACAAACGAAAAGAUGGACGCCCUGCGGAGGGAAAUCGACACGCUCAACAACUCGCUGAACAACCUGCAGACGGCACUCCCGGCAAGUGGUGCCCCGGUGUCGCGCCAGCGGACGGGACGCGUCAAGGAGCUGUACCAGCAGUACGUGCGACAGCGGACGCUCGACAACUGGAAGUUCUGGAUUUUUGGCUUGAUAUUUGAACCGUUGAUGAACACCUUCAACCAGACGGUUUCGGUCGCCAGUUUGGACGAGAUGUGCCGAUCGUCGCAGCUGUGGGUUGACCAGCACUGUUCGCUGGUGGAGCUGAGGCCAGCGGUUUCAAACAAGUUGCGCCAACUGUCGACGACGACGGACAUCCUGUCGGAUCCGCCUACCUCGCUACAGGAAGAGGUGUUGAAGGCCGUGGCCACGACGAUGCCGGCCCUGCCCGGUUCCAGCAGCAGCAGCCGCUGCGGCAGCAACGCCAACAGUCCCAAGCAGGGCUCCAGCGGAAUGCAAACGGAACCACACUCGUUUUGAGGCGUGUUUGUCCCCGCAGGACCCUGACAGUGAGACGGCGACGUUUCCACCGAGUGCCUUCGGUUCAAGUGGCUUUUACCCCAAGUAACUCACAGCAGUGUGCGGUGAGGGUGACCACCAAGUUCGUUACCUGAGAGAUUACAAUACCCUUUCCCACUAUACACUCACACACAUACAGGACAAAAAGUUGUGCCCGCCGCACCACGUUAAAGCAUUUUCUGUUUAGUUCGCUCCAUUGAAGAAAAAAAAACAAAAUCGUUAUACAAUAACCCGUCGAAUAUCAUUGCCUGGCGGUGCAUUGCUGUACGCUAGAUUUUAGUUUCCGUUUCUGUUACUUUAUUUUUUAAAUUAACUUUUUUUUGCCAAAUUAAAUAGCUGCUAAGACAUAGGACGAAAUUGGCCGUUACUUUGCGUUGUUACAAAUGCGCGUUUGUUCGAAACGGACCAGAGUCAGGAAGAGAAUGCGAAUUUAGUAAUUUGUUAACUACACUGUACUAGAAAAGAGGUUUGAAUGAAAGAGAGAGUGAGAGAACGAGCGUUAUCGUUAAUUUUAUUACACUAACUUGUUUGGAUAGUGAUAGAGAUUAAUAUACAGAGCACCGGACUAAGAAGUAAGGAUACAAGAAGAGGAAUAUAUAUUUUUGUGAAACGUUUA